UGCAAGAAAAAGAAAAAGGGUCGACUGAUGAUGAAUUUCUUAUAAUCUUUUUUGAGGGUGGUUGAAGCAUUAACAAAAAGUAGUAAAAUUUUAGGUAGGACGUUGAUGGAGUUGGAUUAUCAUACCCGUGAAAGUAAGUAAUCUUAUUUUGCAUUAUCCAUAGCCCUACCUUCAUCACCUUUCUUAUCUUCUAUACAUAAUUCCAUCUCUGUGUCUCUAUAUAUCUGUACUUCAAUAACCAAAGAAAAGACACCCUCAUCACCAAGUCCUUAUUGAGGUUCCAGGGCUUUGCAGGACCAAAGAAGAGCAGAAAGAAAGAAUGGACAGUGGUCAAAUAUUCGACAAGACUAAUAAGCAGGUGGAGAUUCCAUCAGAGGCUGAGAACAUUUCUGGUGGUGUUACUAAACCCCAAACGACGCCUACUUCUGGGUCUGCUAUGCCUCAGCUUACAAGACAGCCAAGUGCUACAAAAAACAAUUGCCUAUGCUCUCCAACUUCCCAUGCUGGUUCAUUCCGGUGCAGGCUUCACCGUGCCCCGAGUCUCCAACGAACCAAAAGCAUCGACUCGACUUCUCUCAGGGACUCGACCACUGCCACAGCUAAUGAUCCUGCAGCUAGUAAUGCAAACAUUGAUGAGGCCUAGUAAUUCGCAUCUGUUGUGCUAUGCUGCUCUGUUUAUGGUUGUUUACUUUGGUUUAUUUACUGUUUUCUUUAUCAUCUUCUUUUCCUCCCUCCUUGUAUAGAUUAUAUAAGUUUAAAUUAAUAAAAUGCAUGUGUACACAACACAAGCAAAGUGAAGCUUUUUACCAUUUGAUUUCAAUCUUUUAAAAUAAAA